GCGCUUCGCCGGGGAGCGGCGCUGGAGGCGGCCGAGGAGGGGCUGGGGGGGGGGCUGCCCGCGCCCCCCCGUCCUCCAUCCAGACCGGGACCGCUCCCGGGGCGCGGGGGCUCCAAAAUCAGCCGGGGCCGGGGCGGUGGGGAGAGGGGGCCCCGGCAGCAGCAGGGCUGGUCUGGGAUGGGUGGGGGGCAGCAGCUGUGUGCUGGGGGGUCUGCCUCGACCCGAGGGGGGGGGGGGCAAGGAGGAACCCGCGCCCCCCGCUCCCUGCCCAGCUGAACAGGUCGGCCACGCUGAACAAGUUCGUGAAGCGCAUCCGCCUGCCCUCGCCGCACGUUGACCUGAAGCCCGGGACCAGCUGCGUGGUGCUGGGCUGGGGGGACAUCUCCAACUACGGGGAGCGCCCCGAGCAGCUGAUGGAGACCGGCACGGCCAUCGUCAGGCGCAGCCUGUGCCGCACGCUGUGGCGGGGCCGCGUCUCGGCCAACAUGCUGUGCGGGGCCAGCCGCAACGCCACGCUGCGGGGCGUCUGCGCGGGUGACUCCGGGGGACCUCUGGUCUUCAAGAGGAAGGUUUACGGCAUCGUCUCCUUCUCCGGGCAGAGAUGCGGGGACCGCCGGUACCCCGACAUUUUCACCAAGAUCUCCAACUACAUCGACUGGGUGCACCUCAUCGUGCUCCAGCACCGCCACCCCGAGGGGCAGCAGAAGCACAACCCAGGUCCGGGGGCAGCGAAGGGUCCCGGGGCAGGCAGACUGCGGGGGACAGCAGGGGGGCCGAGGCAUCGCAGUGGCCUGGAGGCUCCCAGGAGGGCAGGGAAGGGCUGGGACACCCAGGCUCCCCCCCAGCCCCAGGGGCUUUGACGGUCGAUGGGAACUGACAACCAGGGCUCACAGCUCCUGCCUCAGUUUCCCCACGUGCUCCAAGGCAAUGCAGGAGAAUGAUUUUGACUGUUAGUGAGGAGCCAAGCAUCCCUUCCUGCCCCCUCCCCGGCUUGUACAAAGAGUCCCAGCACCCUGAGUCCCCUCUGGCAGCAUUUUCCUUCCGCAAUAAAACCUCCUUCCCAG